GCCCUCGCGGUGCCCAUGCACAGACGCGCCAAUAGUCCAGACUAUGCCCAAAGGCCGAGUAUUGCAUACUUGCGGGCGCAGCAGGACAACAACAACAACAACAACAGCAACAACAGCAACAGCAACCAGAGAAACUCCAACUUGAACAAAAUCUGUCGGACAUGCGAGCAGAGCAAGAGCAGCCGAUUGUCAAUGCAAGCAUAUCGCAAACCUAUUGGAAACGUCGCAAGUGGAAGCGCUGUGAGUGAAAGUGUAUAUAGUGGUGCAUACGAUACGCACAGCGUUUCGCACAGUGUAUAUAGUGCAAAUAAUAAGUUAGAUUUAAUUAUAAACGGCAGCCAGAGCAAAGUGUCGCCCAAACAUAAUUCGCUGCCAGCCACAAAUUUACCUAAUAAAUUACCAACAGCAACAACAACAACAACAACAGCAGCAGCAACGACAACAACGUCAACUGUUGCAACACGCGCCUAUUUCUCGGUGCCCGUUUUCGCCUUUGCCACGCCUUUUGAACGUCGCGCCGCGUCGCACUCGACUGCCAUUGGGCCCUCGGCAUUCGGUUCGCCCGCGUCCAUGUUGCUGCCAUAUCAAAUUAAUCAACGUGCUACAUUGUUGCAAGCAACGCAAACGGCAACAACAAUUGCAACGGCAACGGCUGUGCCUCAUGUGCCAAAAGCAACAACAACAACAACAACACGCAACACUCUGCACGCUGCGCAUCGAAUUUUUAAUCGUGAUACAGUCCGAACAGCGACCAACGCAUCACCUUUGACACCACAACAACAACACCAACAACAACAACAAUUUACAACAACUUCAACAACAACAACAACACCAACCACAGCACGAAUCGAAUUCAUACUCUAUACAGAGCUAUACGAAGAGGAUUCAGACAACGAUACAAAUACAGCGAACAAGCAAAACUUUUGGCACAAAUACGGCCACGUUCUGCUGAUCGCCAUUGGUGUCGCCGUGUGUUUAGUGUGUGGCAGCGUGCUGGUCACUGUGAUUACACUGCGACGCAGCCACAACACAGCGGCAGCAGCAGCAGCAGCAUUAUCGGCAACAACAGCAACAACAACGCGACGCGCAAGACACAAGCAACGGCGCAGCAGCUGCAGCAACGAUUGCGAACCUGGCUACGACUAUUAUAAAGGUGCGACGGGCAACGAGACUGCCUUUGCUCUGGCCCUACCACUGACAAGGACAACAGCAGCAGCAGCAGCAGCAGCAGCGGCCGCAACAGCAGCAGCACAAGCGGAUACAACAACAGCAACCGCAACAACAACAACAACAGCUACAACACCAACAGCUACAACACCCAUAGCAGCAACAUUAGCAGCAACUACAACAGCAGCAGCAACAACAACAGAAGCAACACUUUUGUCCACCAAGCCGGAACAUUCUGUACCCAUGCUAUCGGUACAGUCGGCCGGCUGCGCGGGAAUGGAGCGGCUUGGCGUUCCGACCCGCACAUCAUUGAGCACACCACCCGAUGAUAGGGAUCAAUUUAGAUGUAGAAUGCGCGUUGAUGCGCUCCAAGCACGUGAGCUGCUGGCCGUGCGUGGCGAGACUGUGAUUCGUAGCAACAGCAGCAACAUAGGCAGCAGCAGCAGCGGCGGCAGCGGCAGCAACAAUCAGCAACAGCAACAACUUCACAACAAUAAGCAACAACAUUCCCACCAUCAGCAACAAUUGCAACAACAGAAGCAGCAACAUCAGCAACAUUAUCAGCAACAUGGCAGCAGCAGCAGCAGCAACAACAACAACAGCGGGCAUAGUAUUAACAAUUUUGUGGCACGCGGCGGCAUUGAGGCGACUACUCUAAAAUAUGGCAACACAGGCAGCAGCGGCAGUGGCAGCGGCAGCGGCAGCAGCGGUAGCUAUAAAAGCGAACAAAGCAACGCCUCGACAUGCAGCUCGCUGAAUAGCCACAGCGCCGACCAUCAUCAACAUUACCAAUAUCAGCUGCAGCAACAGCAGACGCCGCGCUGUCCACAUCAUGUACCACUGCCGGACAGCGAGUACGGACAGGAUCGUCAUCUGCAGUUACGUAGCAGCUACCAGCAAUCGGAAAUUACGCGCUCGUACACAAAGCCGCCGCCCAACAAAACUGUACGCGAUGUGCCUGAACAUAUAUGCGCUGGCAACUCCAGCUACCGCCUGGCCACGGCCGCAGCAACGACUGCGGCAGCGGCUGGAUCGGCAGGAGCAGCAACAGCUGGCCAUAGCUGCAGCAGCGGCAGCGGGACAGCGUCCCACGCUUACGCUUUGGCGGCAGCAGCCAGCGCAGCCACCAAAUCGAAACCGAAUGCCAUCACAAAAUUCUUCUCACGCAUCAGUUCGCCCAAGUCGCCAACGUCGCUGGCGACAACCAGUUCGAGUGGUGCUAUUGGUUCUGUGACAGCGAGUGGCACGCCCUUGGCAACCGGCUGCUCCUCAUUAGCCUCGUCAGCGUCCAUGUCUUCGUCCGCCUCCUCGUUGGCCUCGUCAGCGGGCAUGCCCGCCUGUGUCUCGCCCUCCUCAUCAGCGUCUUCGCUGGCAGCGGCGCCACUGACAGCGCUGCCCACACUAAAGAGCACCGCCUGCAGCACUGGUGGAGCGACAUUUAGUCUGGCACCGGAUCAGGCAGCGCAGCAGCAGCAGCAGGAUGAGACGACGCAAUAAUUCCAACCUUUAGCUUUUGAUGGAGCCGUAGCUGAUUGUUAAGAGGGAGAGAGAGAUCUGUCCAAGAACUUCGCGCUGGCACGAAAAGACUGUUUAUUAGUCAGAAUUUAAUUUGUAAACGAUGAGAGGAGAUACACACACACACACCACACACACACACACAUACACCUAUGCAGAGGGACAGACACAAUUUAGUUUUGUACUCAUUUCCAUUGUCGCAUGAUAAAAAUAUUUAUACAUAAACAAAUUGAGACAAUUAAUGCAUAUAUAUAU